GUUUGGUCUGGUCACUGCCAGUCAUGACACCCUAGUGGAUGCAGCUAUCAUGACAGGUGGUGUGGUGGGGUGUCAUUUAGUUCUUUAGCACCCUCUACUUGGGUUGGCUUAUUAUUUAACAGGUUAUUUACUAUGUAGCUCAAAGACUGGAAUUUUUUACAACCUAUACCUUUUGUUUAGGUGACCGUGGAAUCUGUCUCCCUCUCGUCAUGAAUGUAACUCCUAAUAGCUGUACGGCAGAGAUGCCGUAUGGAUACCAACCCCGUCUUAAAGGGCUGUACAUUGCCAUGGAGCUCAUUAUUGCCAUGCUGGCCCUCAUUGGAAACUUCUUGGUUUGCCUGGCUGUUAUUCGCAACAAGAAGCUUCGCACUGUCACCAACUACUUUCUGCUAUCAUUGGCAGUGGCAGACAUCCUGGUGGGCCUGGUGGCCAUUCCCUGUGCAGUGCUGACAGACCUGGGUCAACCUCGCCAUAACCUUCCCCUCUGCCUAGUGCUGCUCAGCAUCCUGAUGGUACUCACUCAGAGCUCCAUCUUAAGCCUGCUAGCAGUGGCUGCAGAACGCUACAUGGCCAUCCUUCUGCCCUUCCAGUACCAGCGCAUGAUGAGCCCCAGGAACGCCCAGUUGGCCCUGCUGGUCACCUGGGGCCUUGGGGCCAUCUCUGGUUCUGUGCCACUCAUGGAUUGGCAAAGACAACCAGCAGACUCUGACUACUGUAUCUUUACCUGUGUGGUGGACAUGAGCUACAUGGUUUACUUCAACUUCUUCUGCUGCCUCUUGGUACCUCUGGUGGCCAUGUUCAUCAUCUACGGCCGCAUCUUCCUCACCGUUCGCCGCCAAGUCAGGCGCAUUGCUGUGGCCAGGGGAACCGCAAAGAGCAUGAGAGCUCCUGGCUGUGGGAGCAGUGGGACUGGGACAGAGGACACUGGGAGUUCGGGUGUAGGAGGAAGCAUAGAAGAGGAAACAGACCUGGGUACAGGAAAAGGAACGAGCAGACAACCCAAGGAAAAGUUUGGCAGUGGGUCCCUUAUUGAAACUGAGACCACCGCUGUUUUUACAAAGCCACAAGUUCAAGAUCGCCUCAGCUAUAUCUACAAGCAUUAG